AGAUCGUCGAGCGGCCUCAGCACAUGCUCAUGCGGGUGGCUUGCGGCAUUCACUGCGGCAACGUCGAGGCGGCGGUGGAGACGUACGAUCUGAUGUCGCUGCGCAAGAUGACGCACGCGACGCCGACGCUCUUCAAUGCAGGGACGCCUACUCCGCAGAUGUCGUCCUGCUUCCUGCUCACCAUGAAGGACGACAGCAUCGAGGGCAUCUACGACACGCUGAAACAGUGCGCGAUGAUCUCCAAGUGCGCGGGCGGCAUCGGCGUCGCGGUGUCGAACGUGCGCGCGAAGGGCAGUUACAUCCGUGGCACCAACGGCCAGAGUAAUGGACUGGUGCCGAUGCUGCGCAACUUCAACGAAACUGCGCGCUACGUUGACCAGGGCGGCGGCAAGCGAAAGGGCUCGUUCGCAAUGUACCUGGAGCCGUGGCACGCGGACGUCUUCGACUUCUUGGAGUUGCGCAAGAACCACGGCAAGGAGGAGCAGCGCGCCCGGGACCUGUUCUACGGCCUGUGGAUCCCAGAUUUGUUCAUGCGCCGCGUAAAGGAAGACGGCAAUUGGACGCUUUUCUGCCCCAACGAGGCGUACGACAAGGAGACGUCCAGGGGCUUGAUGGACGUCUACGGCGAGGAGUUCGAGGAGAUGUACACGCAGCUCGAGAGGGACGGCAGGGGUCGCAAGACGGUGAAAGCCCAGAGCCUCUGGUCCCGCAUUGUCGAGGCGCAGAUGGAGACUGGCACGCCGUACAUGCUCUAUAAGGACCACGCGAACAGGAAGUCCAACCAGCAGAACCUGGGCACAAUCCACUGCUCCAACCUCUGCACCGAGAUCAUCGAGUACACGUCACCCAGCGAGGUGGCCGUGUGCAACCUGGCGUCGAUUGCGUUGCCGGCUUUCGUCAAGAGCGACCGCGUGGAGGACUACGAUUUCCAGGAGCUGUACCGGGUCACGAAGGUGGCGACUGUGAAUCUGAACAGGGUAAUCGAUCGGAACUUCUACCCCGUCCAGGAGGCCAGGUCCUCCAACAUGAAGCACCGCCCCAUCGGCCUCGGGGUGCAGGGUUUGGCCGACGCCUUUAUGAUGAUGCGGCUCCCUUUCGAGGGCGAGGUCGCGAAGAGGCUCAACGAGGACGUGUUCGAGACCAUCUACUUCGCGGCCUGCGAGGCCUCCUGCGAGCUGGCGGAGAGGGACGGGCCGUACGAGACUUUCACGGGCUCACCCGCGAGCCGUGGCUUGCUGCAGUUCGACCUGUGGAAGCAGACGCCCAAGAGUGGACGCUGGGACUGGGCCAGCCUGAAGGAGAAGAUUGCCAAGCACGGCCUGAGGAACUCUCUGUUGGUCGCCCCCAUGCCGACUGCGAGCACGGCGCAGAUCCUGGGGAACAACGAGUCGUUCGAGCCGUACACGCAGAACCUGUACGUGCGCCGGGUGCUGUCUGGCGAGUUCGUGACCGUGAACAGGCACCUCCUCCGCGAUCUGGUCCGGCGAGAGCUGUGGACGGAAGACAUGCGCAUGCAGCUGAUCGCGCACAACGGCAGCGUGCAGGGCCUUGACCUCCCAGCCGACCUGAAGGAGCUCUACAAGACGGUCUGGGAGAUCAAGCAGAGGGUGGUGCUCGACAUGGCCGCAGACCGUGGGAAGUACAUCGACCAGUCGCAGUCGCUGAAUAUCCACAUGGUCGACGCGUCACCCUCCAAGCUGGCCUCCAUGCACUUCCACGGCUGGCAGCUGGGGCUCAAGACCGGCAUGUACUACCUGCGCACCAAGGCCGCCACAGAGGCGAUCAAGUUCACCGUGGAUGUGGACAAGGUGAAGCGCGCGAACACCAGCCCGGCGCUGGCGGAGAGCUCGGGCGGCUAUCCGGCAGGUGCUGCCGCUGCUGCCGCGGGCGCGCCCCCCAGGGAGGCGCAGACGGCGGAGAAGCGGGCCAUCGACGCACUGAAGGAGAGCGCGCCGAAGUACGAAUGCGUAGGCUGCAGCGCCUGAGGGGGGAGCGAACUGCGCGGGGGGCCCGCGAGCAGUCCAUCCAGCGGGACGGGGGGCGCGGGCACACACGCCCACGCUGCGCUCGCCAGUCUCGCGAGGGCAUGCCUCGCACGCGCCGCGGGGGGGAGCAGG